UCCGUCCUACUCCAUCCAUCGCGUCGCGUCACACACCGGCCCGGGACUACAGUCGGAAAAGCACGGCGCAACCACACUCUUUGACCUUUGCCCCGUGCUCCCACCAUCGCCCAUCCAUUCCACUGUGCCGCCGCUCCGCCCAAGCCCGCCCCCAUUUCCACCCUCGAUCGUUCUCCGGUCUGCUCGUCGACCGCCUCGCGCUUUCUUCAUGUCCAGGGAGCGGUGGCCGCCGCUCGCCCUGGCCCUGGCGGUGGCGGCGGCGGUGGUGGGCGUCCUGGCGGCUGCGUCGCCGCGGGCGGAGGCGGAGCUGCAGGUGGGGUUCUACAAUGCGACGUGCCCGAUCGCGGAGGGGGUGGUGUUCGCGGAGAUGCACGCCAUCCUGCACGAGGACCCCACGCUGGCGCCCUCGCUGCUCCGGAUGCACUACCACGACUGCUUCGUCCAGGGCUGCGACGGCUCCAUCCUGCUCAGGUCCCGCCGGGGCACGGCGGAGCGGGACGCCACCCCUAACCGGAGCAUGCGCGGCUACGACGCCAUCGAGCGGAUCAAGGCCAGGCUCGAGACGCUCUGCCCGCUCACCGUCUCCUGCGCCGACAUCAUCGCCAUAGCCGCCAGGGACGCCGUCUACCUGAGCAAGGGGCCGUGGUACGGCGUGGAGACCGGGCGGCGGGACGGCAACGUGACGGUGGCCGAGUACGCUGAGAACGACCUGGCGCCGCCGGACUCCAACAUCGUCGACGUCAAGACCUUCUUCAGCGUCAAGUCGCUCACCGCCAAGGACAUCGUCGUCCUCUUCGGGAGCCACAGCAUCGGGACCUCCCACUGCGAGGCGUUCCGGAAGCGGCUCUACAACUUCACGGGCGCCAUGGACCAGGACCCGUCGCUGGACGCCGGGUACGCGAGGCAGCUGAGGAAGCUCUGCCCGCGCCGCCACGGCGGCCGGGGCAGGAGGACCAAGGUGCCCAUGGACCCCGGCAGCGGCUUCACCUUCGACCUCAGCUACUACCGCCACGUGCUGGCCACGGGGGGCCUCUUCCAGUCCGACGGCAGCCUCCUCCACGACGCCGCCACCAGGGGCUACGUCGAGAGGAUGGCCAACGCGUCGUCGCCGGACGAGUACUACCGGGACUUCGCGGCGGCCAUGGUCAAGAUGGGCCGCACCGACGUGCUCCUCGACAGCCUCGGCGAGGUCAGGGCCACCUGCGGCGUUUUUGUUGACUAGCCUUAGGUUCAGGGCUGCACUUGCACAUAUACACAUACACUGGUUGAUUUGUACGGGGGUUUAUCGGGUUCUCUGAUCUUUAUGCUAAUAGUAUUAUUAACUGAAGAUGCAAAAGAGAUGCAAGGCAGUUUCAUACGCUUUUUAGCUGAGGGGGUCAUCACCUGUAACUUGUACAAAUAGUCCACGUACUAAUACUUAUACUGUACUGCAUGGAGCUACUUAUCUGUUAAGUACAUCUGGUCGUUUGACCAACCACA